AUGGAUACAGAUGAGAGUCAGGAUCAACGACCAGAUGAAGGUUACUGCGCAGUGUUGCCGCAGUCUCUGGAGGGCGUUGCCAAGUCAAAUGAAGCAAUGGGAAAGGAGACCGCGGGUUCCAAUAUUGAUUUAAAUCACAGUUCUGACGAGGUCAACGGAUUUAUUCCCAAUUUUGUUAACAACGCAAUGGAAACUGAAUAUUCUGGAGAAGGCAAUGGAAGAACCACCACUGAGAUCGUUGGCGGUGUCUUAUCGGAGCAUGACAACGGUAUGCGCAAUGUGGAUAUGUUUCCAACUGCGGCGUCUUAUCGGAGCAUGACAACGGUAUGCGCAAUGUGGAUAUGUUUCCAACUGUAUGUUGUCACUCUUUUGAGAAUCUAUAUUUUCAUGCUGAUUCUAAAAAGUAGUCAUGAUGAGCAGUUAAGUCUCUUUUUUAUCAUCAGGAAGACACCGUAUGCCUGGAAGUUCAAUCACUUCUCGCCUAAUGUGUCUGCAAUGAAUUUGUCUAACGCCAUGAAUACGGAAGAGUUUAACGCGUCAGCGAUCUUUAAUAUUUCUACAAUGAUAAGAAACCAGCAGCAACAGCAGCAGCAAAAGCACGGCCACGGUCUCGGCACUAAUAUCGCCAAUUAUAUGUCUCUUUUUGACAACGAAAAUGUAACUCCCAGUGAGACGAAUGACGAACAAAGUUUUGCAUUGAAUUUCGGUAAUACGGCGGACCAGGGAAAAAGCAGCGAGCGUUUUUUCGACUUCUAA